GGAUGCGUGUUUACCUUUUGCUCACCUGAACGGUUGCCUCUUCGUUCGGGCUUUCGCGCUCUCUCUCUCUCUCUCUGUGUCGAUGGCGCGUAGCACAUGGGGUUCGACCAGAUGAGGUCGGUCUUUGAUUGUGGUUCCUUCGUAAGAUCGAACGCAGCGUCGAGAUCAGUCAGGUGCCGGGCACCCAGCCGAACGGACGUGCUUUUUUUAUACCCCGAUCGCCCAAAAUACAAACCAAAGUGCCCAAUAAAAGUGGUUGCCAAGUGCGUGGUGUGCGAGUGGUAUUGUUCUAUAGCCGGGCACGAUCAGUGGCAAACGGUGAUGCAAGGAUUUUGUUGAAGAAAUGGGCAAACUUUCUGGAGCAUCGUGAUAGAAUUACAUUUUUAGGGAAAGAGCUGUGCUCCUUUGAAAGUGUAAUUUUCCCCAACAUUUAAAAGUGAAAGAAAGUUAAAAUAAAAAGUGACUUGAAAUAAAUAAAAAACAGGAAGUGAAUACUAGUGAGUGUGUCUUGCUAAAAGUGUUCUAAAUUUAUAUGUGUUAAGGUUGGUUUCGAAACGGUGUCGUAAAAUUUUUCCAAAGCAUCGAACAUUGAACGAUCGUACGCACGGAACGGUGAAAAUUUUUCACACCGCUAAAAGUGCUUUUUCAAGUUGAAUGUUUUAAAAGCAUCGUUCUUGUCGUUUGUUCGUCGAUUAAAUCCUGCAGCACAAAACGAAACCGAAGACAUGGCACACUUAUCACCUCCACCUUCACCUCCGGUAGGCCAAACACCUCCGGCCGUUAGUGCGUUAAACGCGUUGAAUGCUUCGUCGGCGAACCUUAUCCAGCGUGCGUCUGCAUUUAGUUCCGUGCUUGGUCAGAAAUGGAAUCCACGUGAUCUACUCCUGCUGUACAAUCCGCUGUUCUACUCUGGUGCUGCCUUCCCUUGGCCACAGUUCCUACUACCUCAGCAACCUAUUACACCGGUUUCGCCAAAUUUAAAUACUAGUCGCGACUAUACGCUUACACCAGAGAAGGAAGAGAUUGUCGAUGAGGAUAUGCCACUCAAUCUGUCGAUGAAACCUUCCACCUCCACACCAAAUGCUCGCCAUACGGGGCUAAGCCAUUCGAUCAACAUCUGGUCACCGGCCAGCAUGUGCGAGAAGGAAACGAUAGAUGGCGACAACCAAAGCAACAUCGACAUCGAGAAUGACGAUGACUCGAGCGGUGAGCUCCAGAUCGACGAGUCCUUCGACUCGCACCCUAACCUUCAUCACCAUCCGCAUCAUCAUCACCACCACCAUCUACAUCAGUCCCAGCAGCAUCAGCAGGAACAGCGCGAUCGGCAGCGGGAAACGGCACGCAUUCUUACGGAGUACAACAGUUUGCUGCUAAACGGUGCGAGCAGACAAUCGGGCGGAUCCCGCACUACGCAGGAUUACUUCAACUACAGCAAAAUCAGCAAAGGCUACUUUACGCACCUGCAGCAACAGCAGAAAAAUCUGGAAAUAUUGCGCCAAAAUCGGACCGAUCUGUUCGUGAUCAAUGGUGGCACGGGCAUUGACAACAACAACAAGGAAGGUGUUAAGAACCAAAAUACGGCCCACAGUGCUAGUGCGCGUAUGUGUGUUGGUAGCGGUAGUGUUGGGGUGGGUACUAGUGACAGUGAUACGACCGGUGAACAGUUCGGUUACGGCAAAUCGGAAGCGAUGGUAGCGUCCGCUGCUGCUACACGGCCCGAUUCUACGCAACCCCAUUCGGAUAGUCCGUACGGCAGUUCGAACGAUUCUUCUUCCCAUGGCCAUUCACAUUCGAUCGUUAGUACACCGACGGGAGAGGGCAAGAAGAGCGUGAAGCUGUAUCAGUGCAAACAGUGCGGCAAAACGUUCAAACGGUCCAGCACGCUUUCGACUCAUCUGCUGAUCCACAGUGACACCCGGCCAUAUCCUUGCCAGUACUGUGGCAAACGUUUCCACCAGAAGUCCGACAUGAAGAAGCACACGUACAUCCACACCGGUGAAAAGCCUCACAAAUGUGUCGUCUGUCUGAAGGCGUUCAGUCAAAGCUCUAAUCUCAUCACGCACAUGCGCAAACACUCUGGCUAUAAGCCAUUUUCCUGCGGGCUGUGCGAUAAGGCGUUCCAGCGUAAGGUGGAUCUGCGACGGCAUCGGGAAGGUCAGCAUAACGAACCCGGCACGGUUGCCAGCCCGAUCGAUAUGGUUAAGUACGAAGUGCCGAAGCUAAACCACAGCCACACCGGCAGCGAAGCGGAUGAUACGAUGGAGGAGACCAUAGCCGUACCGGCGGACUACCAUGCCGACAUCAAGAUGGAGCAGGUCAGCAGCAGUUGUUCCUGAUUUUCGGCAUCACCGCUGAUGCGACGGCUGGAAUGUUGUUGUGACUUUACGCAAAGAAAUCAAAGGUAAAAUUAGGAAAAUAAAAAAAAAGAAAACGAGAAAUAGAGGAAUCGGAAAAAUGCAGCAUUACUACCAAAUGUUCCUUCAUGUUCACCUUGCUGACGAUCUUUCUUGAGGGUAUCGUGGCUCGUGAGGAGUAAGCGCAACGAAAAAAGGGAAGCUCGCAAUCGUGCGUUUUGCGUUGCUUCUAAUUCACAAACGAACCGAACGAACGAAUUCGGUCUUUGUUUUGCUGUGUGCUGUGUUACAAGAUGCAAGAAGGCACCCGGGAGCACACUGACCCGAACCUAAACCUAAGUGCCACAAAACAGAGCAGAUGGUACCGAACGGCAACUGGAUGAAGAUAGUUAGGCUCGUAACGAACAAAACAUAAACCAAACCAGAUCGUUUUUGGUCGGAAGAGAAAUAAAUCAGUUUACGCCUCGGGACGCCGUUCUAGAGCCAGCGUGUAAGUAAGUGCGCCACAACAGCCUGUUUUUGUUUUGCCCACAAGCUCCUUUUCGGGGUGAAACAUGUUCUCAUUCUCAAAGCUGACAAACCAUGUGGCUACCCAAUAUGCUCCGUCCUUAUGUGUAGUUUUUAAGCUGUUACAAUAAGUCAUUGCGAGUGUGGUGAAAUUCCGUCCCGUGUUACGGUGGCGGGUGAAUCGCCGAUAUUUAUUUUGUCCUUUAAGUUUUACCAAUCGAAUCACCACCGUAUGACACCAACUGUGUGUAAGUGUAAGUGUAGCGCAAAUUUUUUUGAUAUAGCCAUACCAAAGCUAAUGUCGGUGCUAAUGAUCGGAUUGGUCGUGUUGGGUGUGUUAACAAUCGGCAAACUUUCUUCAAAAACCAUGGUCUAAAAAAAGGAUAAAAUGAAUUUAAUUUCAGCCAAUCUCCAAUAAGUAGGAAUUUGUGGUAAAUUCAUCUCUGUCCCUCUCUCGAAUCUCGAAUACACCAUAAUGAACUUUGAGCAUCUAGUCUUCGAAAGGUUGAUAAAACGGCCGUAAAUAACUGCCCGCCAUCGUGUCCAAUUCCUUCAUGCUGUACCACGACAUUACAUCAAAAUUAAUGAGGCAAGUCCAACGACAGAGUGGAUCGUUACCGCGUACUAAGAAAUUGUAUCUAAAAAAAUUGUUUCGCUCGCAAAGUACGAAGCCAGCUAUUAAGCGUUUAAGCAGCUCGAUUAAUGUUCCAAAAAAAAAAGUUUAGCAACGUUACGUGUUUCGACAGCAUAACCUUUACUACCCCACUCCAUCUUUAGUCAUGAACUUAGUGUAUAUUCUUCGAAUGUUAGACUACUUGUGUGUUGUGCAAAGGGUAAAACCGUCUUUAGUCAUGAAUUAGUAUGCCACUUAUUCUCAUAUCAGCUACAUGACCAAAGAGAAGCUUUUAAUUUUCAAAAAAAACACACCCUGUUCUGCUCAGUUACAGUUACAGCAAGCUUUUGUAUCGGGAUUUCAAGCUACACGAGUCAAGCCCCGAGUAGCCGAUUUCGAUGCAGUUGCUUGUUGUCACUGAACCAUCGGCAAUGGGUGGUGGUUUCCAAUACUUUUCUUAAUCUUUUUUUUUAUUCAAUCCAAUCCGUUCCAUCAAUUAACCAUUUCUACCACUAAAGUGCUUUCUGCUAGGAAUGUCUGUUAUCUAGUGUCUAGAUGUGUUAUUCUGUGCGAGUAUUGCAAACACUAAAAUAAAUAUCGUUGGAAAAUUCCUUCAGGUACCGGGGUAAGAUUAAAUGGUGUAGUGUAUAAUGUGUUAAUAACGUAAGGUGUCACUCUAGUGGAUAAUAUUUCGUCUACCGUAUGUAAGUAGCGUAUAUAGUUUAAGGAUGGUAACCGAGCCGACAAAUAAGCGAAAUUGUAUACAUAUUGUACUGUACGACAAAUAAACCGCUAUGGAAGCAUUUAAAAUGUAAUUUCACAACUAAA